AUGGCCGAAUCCAACACCGCCGCCCCGGCUCCCUCGAGCGCCAUUUCCCGACCCGUGAGCGAGACUCUCCUCAACGAAAAGUGGGACCGCUGCCUCUCGAACCUCCUUGUCAAGUCCAGCAUCGGCCUCGGAUUCGGCGUCGUCUUCUCCGUCAUCCUGUUCCGCCGCAGAGCUUGGCCCGCCUUCAUCGGCGCCGGCUUCGGUGCCGGCCGCGCAUACGAGGAGUGCAACUUUAACCUGAAGCAAGCCGCGCGCGACCUCAAGAAGAGCUCAUAG